ACAGAAUCACCAUUGGGGUCACUACUACAGGAUUCCACAGGUUACGACAGCGGAGGUCUAUAUAUCAACUUCUCAAUUGUCAUCUCAACGAGUCCGGGUGCUGAAGUGUACAAUACAUCAUUAGUGACCCCCUCCAGCAAUUUCGUUUUCUCUGUCCCCCAACUGUGGAUCAUACUAUGCGACUUCUACACCUACGUGAUUGGAAAUUCAAAUAUAAAUCCGGACAUCCCGCUUUGCACUGUAUGCGAUGGAGAAUAUCGGGACACCAUGUACGGGAAGACAUGCUACGACAAUCUACGACUCAAUAUUGUUGCUACUGCCAUGCAGCUCAAGUUUGUCCCUGUCAAGGAGGUGCAGCGCCAAAUUGCAGAGUUCACAAGUGCGAUGUAUUGGAAUAUAAACGACCAAUGGACAUGCGUCGAUGCUUCCGCAGAUGAGGCCAACUUUGCCUGCGUAAGUGACCACAGCUCGUGCUUCGACACCACGUACUUGCCUGGUUAUUCAUGCGUUUGCGAUCAUGGGUACAUGGGCAACCCGUAUGUAGUUGGUGGCUGCUCACGUCACGGAUACAAUCCGUCGAGAAAGCAAAUUAUUCUAUCAGUUAUCGCUAUUGGACUUGGUGUUGGCUUUGGGCUUCUACUUCUUUGCUUAAGUGCAAUCUUUACCCUCCGUAGAUGGAGAAGAGACAGACAAAAGAAACUGAGAAGGAAGUAUUAUACAAAGAAUCAUGGCCUCCUUCUGGAACAAUUAAUAUUAUCAAGUGAAGCUGCUAGUGAAACGACAAGGAUUUUCUCGCUGGAGGAGUUAGAUCAGGCAACAAACAACUUUGAUCACACACGGAUCCUUGGCCGUGGAGGGCAUGGCAUGGUGUACAAAGGCAUCUUAUCUGAUCAACAUGUGGUGGCUAUAAAGAAAUCUAAUGCCAUUGAGCAAGUUGAGAUUGAGCAAUUCAUCAAUGAGGUUGUCAUCCUUUCACAGAUUAACCACAGAAAUAUCGUAAAGCUUUAUGGCUGCUGUCUUGAAACUGAGGUCCCACUGUUAGUGUAUGAUUUUGUUCCUAAUGGUUCCUUGUUUGAAAUCCUCCAUUCUGGUUCAAGCAACACUUUAUCUUUGUCCUGGGAUGCCUGCCUAAGAAUUGCUGCACAAGCUGCAGGAGCUCUCUGUUAUCUCCACUCAGCAGCUUCCAUAUCAGUCUUCCAUCGUGAUGUCAAGUCUUCCAAUAUACUCCUAGAUGCAAACUACACCGCAAAGGUUUCCGACUUUGGUGCAUCAAGACUGGUGCAUAUAGAUCAAACUCAUGUUACCACACGCGUACAAGGCACAUUUGGGUACUUGGAUCCCGGGUAUUUUCACACUUGGCAGCUAAAUGAAAAGAGCGAUGUGUACAGCUUCGGCGUCGUUCUUUUAGAACUACUUCUUAGAAGGAAACCCAUUUUUACUGGUGAGUCGGGCUCUCCUCAGAGUUUAUCUUGUUACUUUCUUGAGAAGAUGCAGCAGAGGCCAGCAAAAGAGAUAGUCGCUGCUCAAGUUCGUGAAGAAGCAACCGAGGAAGAAAUCAUCAAUGUUGCCUCCCUCGCUGAGAUGUGCUUACGGCUCCAGGGUGAAGAAAGGCCUACGAUGAAGGAAGUGGAAAUGUCUUUGCAGCUUCUGCAUACGAAAAGGUCGAUGUCAUCCCGUGUCACUCAAGAAAAUGGUCGACCUGAAGCUGGUGUUCCGUGUCACUCAGGUAUCGGAAUUGAUCCAGCUUCCGCAGACAGCCAACGAUGUUAUAGCUUGGAGCAAGAGUUCAUGUCAUUUGCUAGCAUACCACGUUAAAUGUGUUGAUCAACGUCUGGGUGCCGAUCGAUCUUCCUUCUUAUAAGUGGU